UAAAUAAAUAAAUUCUACGGCCGCCUGUCUCAUUCUUUCUCCUAUUUUACAGGAACCUUAUCUGCGUACAGGUUCUCUGCCUGGGACCUGUUACAUCAACAGCUGGAUAUAAAAGGAGGAGAGUGCCCGUCUCCAGCACAGAGCAACCCUGAACAUUCAAGACUGUUCAUCCAAACAGAAGCUCGUCUGUCUCUGUCGGUGGAAACAUGAAGACUCUGGUGACUCUCCUACUUCUGACUGUGAUCUGCUUCCAGUGUUACAACUGUGAAACUCCAGUCCCACCGAUGGUUUUGUUUCGACAAUGCUGCACAAACACCUUACGGAUUCCUAUUCCUAAGGGAAGAGUGCAACAUGUGGCACCAUCGCAUAGUGCCUGCAGAGUCAAAGCAAUGAUAGUCACGACUGUGUGUGGGAAGCAGAUCUGUAUCGAUGCAGACUGGAAUUGGUCGAAGAAACUUCUGGCAGAGUUUGAGAAGUCAACUGCAAACGAGUCGCCACCAUCUGCCCCUUUCAAUGUCGCAAGGUGUGAAGAUGUUACACCGUGACCGCGGUUCCUUUGUGCAUAAUGAUUACAUGUAGGUUGCAUGCAUUCAUAAUUCUUUAUGGGUACACUCAUAUAGACACGCAGUCCUUUCUGGUGCAUUAUAUUAACAGUAACUUCAGGUCUCUUAUAGACUCUUAAGAUUGACUGAUGGGGCUUAUUACACACCUCAACAAUCAACUGUAGUAAGAACUAAUAGCAUGUUAUAACAGUGUCAUGUGUAUUAAGUAAAGUGAAGUAUAUUUUGAUGCAUCUUUAAUAAUGCAUUCUCCGUCAUAAUGUGUCACUAUAUAAACAAAUAUACGGAUGAUAAUCAAUAAAAACUUUUUUUAAUU